AUGUUGAGCACGGAAAGUUUCACGGGGGCGAGAGCCCUGGGCGAGGAAUCGCUGCAGAUGUGGGACCUCAACAAGCGGCUGGAGGCGUACCUGGCCCGCGUGAAGUUCCUGGAGGAGGAAAAUGAGGUGCUACGAGCCGAAAUCCAGAGCGCCAAGGGCAGCCCCGCCGGGGAAUCGUGGCGGGCAAAGUACGAAGAGGAGCUGCGAGCCCUGCGGGACGCGCUGGAUCAUGCCUUCAGGGAGAAGUGCACGGCCGAGCUGGCCAGGGACAACCUCUACGAGGAGGUCCAGCAGGUGAAAAGCAGGUGCCAGAAGGAGCAGGCAGCCCGAGAAGAAGCCAAAAAGCAGUUGUCUUUAAGCAAGAAGGAGCUGGAGGAGGAGAGGAGGGCACAGAUCUGGCUGAAGGAGAGAGCCGUGCAGCUGGAGAAGGAGGUGGAAGCCUUGCUGGAGGUGCACGAGGAGGAGAAAGCAGGGCUGGACCAGGAGAUUGCGAGUUUCUCGCAGAGCCUGGAGAGCUUCCGCUGUGCCCCGGUGGCUUUCCAGCCAGUGGAGGUGGAGGACUACUCCAAGAGGCUCUCAGAGAUCUGGAAAGGGGCAGUGGAGACCUACAAGACGGAGGUGUCGCAGCUGGAAGGUUCCCUCUGCCAGGCCAAGGAGAACCUCUGGAAGGCAGUGGAGGACAACCAGCAGAGCCAGCUGCAGCUGCAGCACCUGGAGAAGGACCUGGCGGGGCUCAAAGCACGGAAGGAGAUGCUGGAGGAGAGCCUGGCCCGGCAGUGGCAGGAGCAGCGCGGGGAGGCGGAGAAGUUCCAGCUGGCGAUGGAGGCCCUGGAGCAGGAGAAGCAGACCCUGCGGGUGCAGAUCGCCCAGGUGCUGGAGGACAGGCAGCAGCUCAUGCACCUCAAGAUGUCCCUCAGCCUGGAAGUGGCGACCUACAGAGCCAUGCUCCAGGGGCUGGGUGCAGAGAGCAGCGCUUUGCGGGACGGAGCCGUGUCCCCACUGGGGACGGCUGCUUCCCUAAGUGCCACGGAGAGCUGGGAAGAGAUGGGAGCGCGGGAGGAGGAGAUGCCCACCGUGCCGAGCCCAGAAGUGGUGGCCCAGGAAGAGGACAUGAGUGGCCCUGGCCAGAUAGGGACUGGCCAGGAAGAGCCAGAGCAAGGGGAGGACGAGACGGAGGCCCCAAGCACGGAGGCAUCGCAACCCUCGGAGGAUGAGGAAGAGAGGGAACCCGGCAGCCCCUGCGGGGAAGACAGUGAUUUCCAGGGGGAAAAGAUGGAUGUGCGAGAAGGGGAGUCCCCGCAAAGGGAAGUCGAAGCUGCUCAUGCUGUCCCUGUGGAAAGCCACCCAGUUUUGCCCACGGAAAGUCACCUGGAAGAGGACCUUGUUGAUGGAGAGCAGGAAAAGUUUGAGCCUCGGGAAAUGCCCGUGUGCGAGACGGAUCUGGCUGCAGAGGAGGAAAGAGAGCAGGAGCCGUGCCCGGAGCAGGAGCCCUCGAGCAUCCACGAGGCCAUCCCAGCAGAAGAGGCUUCAUUAGGGGCUGAAGAAGAUGCUGUGAGAGGGGAGGACCCAGGCAGAGCAAAAGAUGGUGAGGGAGAAAUGGGAGAGGGCAGCGGGGAGGUGCUGGGAGGAGAAAACCCCCAGGCUGUGGGACCUGAAACCCCCGAGCAGGAGAGCGGAACCUGGGAGGAGCUCGGGGAUCUGCAGGAAAAUGGCUUUGCAGAAGAGGUGCUGGAGCAGGAGCUGGAGCCAGAGCCGGGAGAGGAGCCCUGGGGCAGGGGGGACGAUGGCAGCAGCCAAAAGUCCCAUCCAGAGGACUGGGAGGUGACAGCGGAGGACAGAGAGGGAGCUCUGGGGACAGAAGAGCCAGCCUGGGCAGAUGAAACCCCGACAAGCACUGGAGGGCUGGAAAGCGAGGAGAGAGACGGCGUGUUGCCAGCAGAGCUGGAGGAAACACGGGAAGGCGAUGAAGAAGAUGCCGAGAGCCAACAGCAGCCACCGGUGGGGGCUGAGCCAGCCCCGGGGCUGGCGAGGGAUGAGCAGGGCACUGCGGGGCAGCCUGCCUGGGCACCCAUGGGUGCCCCCGGGAGAGGGGCCAGCCAGGAGCCAUCCGAGGCUCCGGAGGAGUCAUGGGAGGUGCAGGGUGAGGAUGCUGACGAGGAGCUCGGCUCGGCCCUGGGAGAGCCGGAAAGCAGCGGCGCUGGCCCCGUGGCGCUUCGGGAGGUGCUGGGUGCCGGCACGGAGAGUGGUGAGUGGGUGGAGGAGGAUGCUGGGCGAUGGGGAGAGCUGGAGCAGGCAGCGGAGACGGGCAGGAGGGUGGAGCUGGAGGACACGCUGCCCGACAGCACGCCCUUACACCUCUACGAAGGGGAGAUGCUGGCUGUGGUCGCACCCAGCCAAAACCCUCCGGAGACUGAGGAGACCACAGAGACAGCCCCUGCAUCUGAAAGAGCUCCAGAGGCUGAGGGAUGGCUGGAAGGGAGGGACAAGCCACCAACUCCCACCGUGCCAGAGAGCUGCGAAGAGGAGGCAGGGCCGGAGACAGCGGCAGAGGGUGCUGAGGAGGAGGAAGGCUAUUUCAUGGUCUCUGCUCCCAACCAAGAAGUCUCCAGCUCGGAGGAAGCUGAGAUCACCGAGGACUUUGAAGAAAUUAAAGUUGAAGCAACCCAAGCCAGCAAAGAUGACCUGGAUACCGCUGGAGAAGUGUCUCCGGUGCCCGAGGAUGAAGGGCACUUCGAGGCGUUUGUUGGUGAGGCAGAUGAAGACUUGAUGGUGCCCACGGAAGAACCUGAGAUGCCAAAGGAUGAGGAUGAGGAUGAUGCUGGGAGUUUUACUGCUGAGCUGGAGGAAGGUCCAGCUGCACCCGAGGCAGACCCCGGCUCCCCCGGGGCCUCGGGGCCGUUAGCAGGAGGCGCUGACGAGCCAGCCCGGGGGGCUGCCAGCCCCGGGGCACAUGAGGGCUCGCCUGCCAAAUUGGUCCAGGAGCUCGACGCGGAGCAGACGUCGGAUGAGCAGCCAUCCGUGGAGGAGGAAGCACCGGACGGUGACAGCCAUCCCCCAGCCGGGGACGAGGAGCCGCCCGAGGCUGACCCCGGCGCCGCGCCGGAGCAGGGAGAUUUCCCGGAGAUAAUUAACGAGAGCCCAGAGGUGGCUGAUCUCCCUGCAGAGGUGCCGGCGGACGUCAUGAAAGACUCAGAUAUUUUGGAAAUUGUUGAACAAGCCCUGGAGUUCAACCAGGAGCUGGUGAUGGGGGUGAGGGCAGUCGAGGGUGGGCAGCGGCAUCCCGGCGGGACCGAGCUACCCCAGGACACCGGGGAAGACUCCUCGCCCGCCUCAUUCAGCGAGGAGGAGCCGACGGUGCAGGAGCCCUCCCAGCUCCUGACACAUGUGGCCAGCACUGUGCCUCAGUUUCCCUUCUCAUCCAGCCCGCCCCGGGCCAGCCAGCAGCAAGCGGAAAAGGGCUGA